AUGGUGUACGAAAUUUCGGACUUUGCCAACUUCUUCGGUGUUCGCGCUACGGUGAAGCUAUUGUGUGGUCGCCAACGCCCAGAUGGUACCACACAGAUUUUCCAUGUCAAAUGUCUCGUGUGUAAGAAGUGUAAGGUACCCCUGGUUGGUAUGACAUUCUACAAUAUUGAAAACAGUCCAACAUGCAGUGAUUGUUACAAUCUUCGAGACUUCCAGAAAUCCCUCGAGAGCUGCUUCAAGUGUCAUGAGAAGAUUACUGACCGGCUGCUGCGCGCUCGUGGUGUAGCAUAUCACGCAAAAUGCUUCACAUGUAAAGAAUGUAAUAAAACACUGGACCACACUCCGUUCACUGGCGAUAAGGACAACAUCUACUGCGUUCCUUGUUACCAGAACAAAACUGCUCCACGAUGCGGAAGGUGUGAAAAGCCGAUUGUUCCUCGUCCGGGACAGUGUGAAGCCACCCGAAUCUUAGCUAUGGACAAGUCAUUUCAUCCAGAAUGCUACAAAUGUGAAGAUUGUGACAAGCACCUCAACUGUAAAGCUGAACAUGGUGGUUGCUACCCAUUAGAUGAACAUCUCUACUGCAGAGACUGUAGCCUGAAGCGAAUUCGUGCAGGACAGCAUGCUUAA